AGUGACACACUCUUGUACAACUGUGUGAUGGAAUAUUGCAAUGUAAAGUAAGGAACAACUGUCUAUAGAGUUGUGAAAGAGGCCAGGUCAGAGAGAGUUAACACUGUAUAGCACUUGAGUAUAAAAUUCUAGGCAAUGUGGUCACCCAGUGGUUUGGGUACGUUUCCACAGGGGCACAAGGGCAUUUCUGGAGUGAGACAAGUUUCCUCUCUGGAUUAUGGCAAUGGAUUCACAAAUGUUCACACAUCACGAUUUAGCAAGUUACACUGAUCAAACGUGCAGUACUCUGUCAAUUCUACUUCAGUGGAACUGUUCAAAUAGGUAGGGACUAAGGCAUGGCUCAGUGGUCAAACUGAAUUUGGAGUUUUAUUAACUAAACAAUAAAUGAGCGUUGGCAGAGUAUUUGCAAUUUCCUUAUGUCAAGAGCCCUCUAAAUAUGGUACUAAUUGAAGUUCCCAGGUACAAGUCUGAAUGAAGGGGGUAAUUUGGGAAUACUGACUCCUUUUCCUGUAUAGGACAUCAGUCCCGGAUCAGGGGACAUCUCUGGAUUGUCGUUUCGAGACACAGACUGUCCUGAAGAUAUCUAGGGUCGAAUGCCAGCUUCCUUUCUUCUACAAUCACCGAAGCCCGUGAAAGGUUCCUAUCUCUUUAAGCUGUGACGAGCAGCUGUAAAGCAGCAGGUUCAUAACUGUCUCAACAGGGCGAGUAGCGCCUGUAAGGGUCCAGCCGCGUGUGUUGUCCCUCUCAGCGACUCGUAGCGAGCUGUGCUUGAGGCCAGCUCGGCUCCUGAUUGGCCGCGUGUCCCCAGCGUGCGCGGCUCCGGCGCGGAAGCUCCCAGCGGCCGGUGGCAAUGUCUAGCCGGUCUAAACGGCAGUCUCAUGGUUCCACUCGUGGGAAGCGCGAAUCCGAGUCGCGGGGUAGCUCGGGUCGCAUCAAGAAGGAGCGAGACCGCGAGCGGGAGCCCGAGGCGGCGAACUCCCGGGCCAGCCCGGUCCGCGUGAAGCGGGAAGCCGAGCCGAGUGCGCGGGAGGUUCCGGCGUCCGCGCCCCCGGCAGUGAGGGUGAAGCGGGAGCGCGAGGCCGACGAGGACUCGGAGCCCGAGCGGGAGGUGCGAGCAAAGAAUGGCCGAGUGGAUUCAGAGGACCGGAGGAGUCGUCACUGCCCAUAUCUGGAUACCAUUAACAGGAGUGUGCUGGACUUCGACUUUGAGAAACUCUGCUCUAUCUCCCUCUCGCAUAUCAAUGCCUACGCCUGUCUGGUGUGUGGCAAGUACUUUCAAGGCCGGGGCUUGAAGUCUCAUGCCUAUAUUCACAGCGUCCAGUUCAGCCACCAUGUCUUCCUCAACCUCCACACUCUCAAGUUUUACUGCCUUCCUGACAACUAUGAGAUCAUCGAUUCCUCACUGGAGGACAUCACAUAUGUGUUGAAGCCUACUUUCACAAAGCAGCAAAUUGCAAACUUGGACAAGCAAGCCAAAUUGUCCCGGGCAUAUGAUGGUACCACUUACCUGCCAGGGAUCGUGGGACUGAACAACAUAAAAGCCAACGACUAUGCAAAUGCAGUGUUGCAGGCUCUGUCUAAUGUUCCUCCUCUUCGGAAUUACUUCCUGGAGGAAGACAAUUAUAAGAACAUCAAGCGCCCUCCAGGGGAUAUUAUGUUUUUAUUGGUCCAGCGUUUUGGAGAGCUGAUGAGAAAGCUCUGGAACCCCCGAAACUUCAAGGCACAUGUUUCUCCUCAUGAGAUGCUUCAGGCUGUUGUCCUUUGCAGCAAGAAGACUUUUCAGAUCACCAAACAAGGGGAUGGAGUUGACUUCCUGUCUUGGUUUCUGAAUGCUCUGCACUCGGCUCUGGGCGGCACCAAGAAGAAGAAGAAGACUAUUGUGACUGAUGUUUUCCAGGGGUCAAUGAGAAUCUUCACUAAAAAGCUUCCUCAUCCUGAUCUGCCAGCGGAAGAGAAAGAACAGCUGCUCCAUAAUGAUGAGUACCAAGAGACAAUGGUGGAGUCCACAUUCAUGUACCUGACGCUGGACCUUCCCACCGCCCCACUCUAUAAGGAUGAGAAGGAGCAGCUCAUUAUCCCCCAGGUGCCGCUCUUCAACAUCCUGGCCAAGUUCAACGGCAUCACUGAGAAGGAAUACAAAACUUACAAGGAGAAUUUCCUGAAGCGCUUCCAGCUCACCAAGCUGCCUCCAUAUCUAAUCUUUUGCAUCAAGAGAUUUACUAAGAACAACUUCUUUGUGGAGAAGAACCCGACAAUUGUCAACUUCCCCAUCACAAAUGUGGAUCUAAGAGAAUACUUGUCUGAAGAAGUCCAAGCAGUCCACAAGAACACCACUUAUGAUCUCAUCGCCAACAUCGUGCAUGAUGGCAAGCCCUCCGAGGGCUCCUAUAGGAUCCACGUGCUUCAUCAUGGAACCGGCAAGUGGUAUGAAUUACAAGACCUCCAGGUGACUGACAUCCUGCCCCAGAUGAUCACACUGUCCGAGGCGUACAUUCAGCACAUUGCAGAUGAUACUCCUUCCCUUUCAGCGCCAGCAGGCAGAACUCCUACAGAUGGAUGCCUUACUUGAAUUGCUGCAAGUAUCAGAGAACAUAUUAUUCCUUGGAAACAUCAAGUCUUGAGAUUCUCUGAGUGAACAUGAAGCUAACAGCAUCUUUCUGUCUAUCAUAGGUAGAUGGUUUUCCUAUAGUUCCUUCUCUCCUAUGGGACUUUUGGAAUGGAUUAAAUAUCCUCCUGUUUUUAAACCA